ACAUAAUUGACAUCGGAAAUCUCAAAAGACAAAUCCUUGGCAUUUUGCGUAAUUAUGUUAAGCUUGAAAAGGGUAAAUUGUCAUCAACUCGGACAGUUUAUAUAGAACGAGUCGUCUUCCAUCGCAAGAACUUCCGACGGCCGCUCUCUGCCGCCGGCGAUACUCUCUCUCUCUCUUUCUCCUCUGUCUUUCUCUCUCUCUAUUUGAGGAAUGGCGGAGUCAUCCGACUGAUAAGUCUUUACUUGUAAGCAUUAAACCUUGAAAAGAAAGAGAGGAGGAAGGAAGAAUUUGAAAGGAAGGAAAAUGCUUUGCCGGAAAAGCUCAAGCUUCGUGGAUAGAGGAAAUGUUCCUGUUUAUCUCAAUGUUUACGAUCUAACUCCCAUUAAUGGCUACGCUUACUGGUUUGGUCUUGGCGUUUACCAUUCUGGUGUUGAAGUUCAUGGGAUAGAGUACGCAUUUGGAGCUCAUGAAUACCCAAGUACGGGAAUUUUCGAAGGGGAACCGAAGCAAUGCGAAGGAUUUACGUUUAGGAAGUCGAUUUUGAUUGGUAAAACGGAUCUUGGGCCUUUGGAAGUGAGAGCUACAAUGGAGCAACUUGCAGACAACUACAAAGGGAGUUCUUACAAUCUCAUCACCAAGAACUGCAACCAUUUCUGCGAUGAAACUUGUAUCAAGUUAACUGGGAAUCCAAUUCCUAGUUGGGUUAACCGUCUUGCAAGAAUCGGUAAAAUCUCUGGGUUCAUGUGCAACUGCGUGCUUCCUGCGACAAUAAACGCGACAAAGCUUGGAAACAACCGAAUCAAUCAAGACAAAUCAUGUGAAGCAGAAACUGAGAAGAAGAAACUGACGAGUGCAUCGAGCAGAGAGAGAUCUACGAUUGCUACUCCGUCGUCGGCAUCCUCGUCUCCUUCAGUUCAAGUUCGUGGUCGAAGCAGGAAAAGGCGUCCUCGUUCUCUGCAACCAUCAUCGCCACUCAUUAUCGGAUCUUCUUCCGUUUGACUAUAAAUAAAAUCUGGGAUAACUAAGUUUGGCUUUCUUGUUAAAAAAAAAAAUCCAUUUUUUGAUCUCUCAAUUAGAGAGAGCACUCUUUUCUUUCUGUUUUUUUUUUUCUUUGUUUACUCAAUUGCGAUUGUGCUUUUGUAAUCUUGUUAAUAUGCAAACCUUUUUCUUUCUUUUUCCCUUGUAAUAAUCUUAAUUACCAUUUUCGUUUAA